CGCAAAUAUUUUGUUCAGUAAAUUAUGGAAUUCGCACGAUUGUGGUUCAUUUUUGUGUUGCAGAACUUUUUUGUUUUGGACAUAUUUUCAUAUCGUAUCAGAAGAUAUUCUUAUGACCUUUUUGAAAAUGAUUACUGUGGAUUGGACGUGUCAGUUUAUCAUGGAAAGUGUAAGAAAAUUUCUCAAUGUGUAAAUGUUUUGGUUGAAAAACGAGCCGUUGAGAUUUGCAGUUUUAAUGGAAUUACACCACAAGACACUCUCGUUUGCUGUUCUCGUGAAGAUUUCUACAAAUCCAUUUCAGCCAACCAGAAAGGUCCACUUGAUUACGACACAUGCAUUGAUAAAUAUAAACAUUUGCGUAACAUCAAAACGUUUGAUUUCACUGGGUUCGUUGUUGGGGGUGUUGAGGUUAAUCCAGGAGAAUUUGUUCACAUGGCAGCAAUUGGAUGGUUGAAGUGGAGUGACUUUUCAGUCGAAUGGAAUUGUGGAGGUUCAUUAAUUACUGAAACAUUCGUUUUAACUGCAGCACAUUGUACAUUACAUUUUGGUCGAGCUCCGAAUGUUGUUCGAUUAGGCGACAAUGACUUAAAUUCAGUGCUUGAUGACACUUAUGUGCAACAGUUUGGGAUAGUAAGAAUGGUUCGACAUCCAUCGUAUGAUUUUACAGCAAACAACGACGACAUUGCUUUGAUUCAAAUCCAUGGUCAAGUCAUACCAACUCAACAAAUUAUUCCUGGUUGCAUCAUUGGUGGCAUUCCAACUACAGAUUAUUUUGAAGCUGCUGGUUACGGCCAAAAUGGAUCAUUCAUACAUACAAAUAAACUGGCAAAAGUCCAACUUAAAAAUAUUCCAAUGGAUGAGUGCAAACAAUCUUAUGAUUCUAUCGACUUGUCUGAAGAUACGCAGCUCUGCGCUAAAGGUUACAGAGAUGACAUUGAGGCCCAAGACACUUGUUAUGGUGACAGUGGAUCGCCACUGCAAUACAUCAACGAAAUGAUCAUCGACGAUCAAACUUAUGAGAUACCGACAAUAGUUGGAAUUACCAGUUUUGGGAUUGGAUGUGCCUUUGGACAUCCAUCAGUUUACGUGAAAGUUUCAAAUUAUAUAAGCUGGAUGGAAUCAGUCAUUAAUUCUUAAAUAAUAUUGAAAAAUUUUUCAGUCGUCAAAACAAAAUUCAUUCGCAGUUUAAUAAGCAGCAAUGAAAUCACUUGAAAUAUUUUUAGACAUGAAAUGAGUUCUCAACUCUCGUGCACAUUACAAUCAACUUCACGUUACACUUUAAUUAAUGAAUACUCAAAGCAAAAUAAAAACAAAACAUUCUGUAGAAUUCAAAACAUUUGCAAAAGUUAUCUCUGAUGUGUUGCAUAAUAAUUCAAUAAAUAAAUAAACAGUCUUCACGCUC